CAACCACUAGAGGGCGCUGUUCCAAAUCGUCCCUCCUUUCUGUAGUGAUGAAUGCAACGGGGCCAGAGGUCAGAGUUGAAUGUUUGACAGAAAGCAGAAUAUGGAUUCUAUAUUUCACGAGAAACAAGAGGGCUCUCUAUGUGCCCAACACUGUCUUAACAACCUCCUGCAGGGUGAGUAUUUCACUCCUGUGGAUCUGUCCUCCAUCGCUCAUCAGCUUGAUGAAGAGGAGAGGAUGAGGAUGGCUGAAGGAGGGAUGGGCAGUGAGGAGUACAGGACCUUCUUACAGCAACCAUCUGGAAACAUGGAUGACAGCGGGUUCUUUUCAAUACAAGUAAUUAGCAAUGCUCUAAGAGUGUGGGGCCUGGAGUUAAUCCUCUUCAACAGCCGGGAGUAUCAGAGCCUGAUGAUUAAUCCAAUAAAUGAGAAAGCCUUUAUUUGCAACUACAAGGAGCACUGGUUUACUAUACGCAAACUUGGCCAGCAGUGGUUUAAUCUGAAUUCACUGUUGACUGGACCAGAGUUGAUAUCAGACACCUAUUUAGCCCUUUUCCUUGCACAGCUACAGCAAGAAGGUUAUUCCAUAUUUGUGAUCCGAGGGAACCUUCCUGAGUGUGAAGCAGAGCAGAUCCUAAGGAUCAUGAGAGUGCAGCAGCAGCAGAGGCCGAGGCUUAUUGGAGAGGAAGAGGCCCAGACAAGUGCAGGGAGGUCAGCAGCUCUGAGCCAAGCAGAGGUGGGCUUUCCUCCAGAGGAUGAGGUUGUGGAUGACGAUGAUGAGCUGAAGAGAGCGCUGGCUCUCAGCAGACAGGACAUAGAUGUCGAAGAUGAAGAAGCUGAUCUUCGCAGGGCCAUACAGCUCAGCAUGCAAGGAGCAGUGAUGAGCAACAAGUCAUCAGAGUCUGAAAUGGGAAACGUGAAAUCAGGAAGCACUUCUGGAGGACAAAAAGAAGGCCAGAAUGAGACCCUCACAGCAGAAGAGCUGCGGAGGAGAAGACAAGCUUAUUUUGACCGCCAACAGCAACAAGCUCAGUCAACCAUUCCUCAACAACCAGACCCGAAAUCAACAGGUGGGUCGAGCUCUGUAGACACUAGCACUGAACAGGACCAACAACAGAAGCCCAGCCAGUGAAGCUGUGAAAGGUUUGCCUGUGUCGUUUACCAGCUGCCUGGAUUGGCAACCCCACACAGGGGUGGCUUUGCUCCUUCCUCUAACCUUUUGCACACGCGGACAUAAGGACAGUCAGAAGGCUGACGCGUUCCCCCUGGUUAGUUCGCUGACGGGCUUUAGAGAAGAGAAUAAUGGCAGAGAAAAGGCAGCAGUUAGUCUAAUCCAACUAACUGAGGCUCUGACGUUGGGAAAAGGGUGACUACAGAACCCAUGAUGCAGUUAAUCCAAGUUUGCAAUUGCCUUUUACCAUGGCGCCUUCUAUUUCUAUUGUAUACUGUUUUUUAUUCGUUAUUUUUUUCCUCUUGAUGAGAUGGAAAGAAUCUUCAGCAUACAAAGAAGAGUGUUAACCUGUGUCAGGGUGAAAACACACAGAAAUGGGUGUACUGUGAGAGGAGACUAAUGUUAACACCACAGAUAAAAAAGAAAGAAAGGUAAUGACGGAUUGUCUUUUCUCUACAUUUGACUUGUGUUUCUCUAUCAUGAGAUAUAAUUCCACUGCUCGACCCACAACAGCACGUUCGUAGGUUUGGAAUCAUUUCUUCUUGGCAAACUUCUGAGACAUCUUUCAGCCAGGUCAUUUCUUCUUCACAUCAUUAAUAAUUUUACUUGUGGAUGCCGAGGAGUAAAAGGUUCUAAAGGUUUUGGGACAACUUAUUUCCAAUGUUGUGGCUUCAUUUUUACCUUUAAGUGUAUGAGUAGGCAUUAUGAAUAAUAUAAGAUAGCACAACUCUGAAUUCAAGGGUGUUUUGUCCAUCUUUAAAAGAGGGUGAGCAAUUCUGUAGAGCUAUGUCCUACAUCUCAGAUGCUUUAAAUGAUGCAUAUUUUUCAUAUCUUGUUCUGCUUAAGUUGACAUGUGAUGGGGAACAAAGAAGCUUUCUGUAAAAAACAUAAACUGCAGCUUAUACAUAAAGACAUUGUUAACUUUUCUUGGUAUGAUCCUCAGCCAUUAAACAAAAAACUGAAAGGUGAAGCCCACAGCAGAUGGAGAACGACUUCAGCUACUGUUUAAGUUGAUCAGUAUUGUUGUGAAACAAGGGAUUUAGUCAAAAAAUAAAAUAAAGAAAAUGCC